GUGGAAGCUCUCUAGAAGCUAAAAUUCGUGUUUCAAAUGGAUGGAACAUUAUUCAUCGAUGGCUUUUUAGUUGACCUGAUAGAUGAUGAAUGGAGAUCCGAUAAACUACCUACGGAUGAUAUAGAAGUUCCUACCCACGAACUAUCCGACCCUGAAGCUGACGCAGCUGAUUCACAUAUAAGCCUAAAAGAGCAGGAACAAAGGUGGUCGGAUGUUAACUUGAAUUCGCUCAUUGAACGUUUUUAA